AUGGCCCGUGAUUCUUGGGGCGGCGCUGUCUCUCUGGGCCCGACCACGUCCACCAUCGUCAAGGCCGUCACCACCAUCAUCCCCGGCAAGGCCCCUACUACCCAGAAUGGCAUGCUCUUCCUGUGGCCCGGCAUGUCCAACGGCACUGGCGAUCUUGUCCAGACCACUCUUGAGUCUUGGCCCGACAACUCUUGGUGCGGUGCCAAGUCUGGCCAGUGGUGCAUUGACUACACCCUCCAAUCGGACAAGGAUACCUGGAAGCAGACCGUCACCGACGCCGACACCGGCGCCGCGCUGUCCUCGUUCUCGUACAAGUCCGGCCCUUACAUGCGGGGAUACGGCACCGGCACCGAGUGCAACGGCGGCUGCUCCCCCACCGUUUCUGCGCAGCGAUACAUCAACACUGUCAUCACCCUCGCUGGUGCCGACCCCAACUUCGGAAAGACCAUCUCUACCUCUCAGGGCGCCACCUACACCGGAUUGACUAGCAGCCAGGGCGGCAAGGUUUGGACCAUCACCGAGAUUAAUGUCCCGGCCAUGGUCUAG